GGCUCGCGCAGCAGCUGCUCUGGUAGUUUUGGCUCCGGAGACGCGCAGGACGCAGCGAAGUGUCCCGGCUCCCCUCGAUGGUUCACCGCAGUCCGAAGGAGGGACAGACCUUCCAUCGCUGCCCGGAGAUCAGCGCCGAGGAGCCGCCGUACUCACUCUGACAGCACGGCCAUGUUGAAGCCGGGCGACCCGAGCGGCUCGGCCUUCCUGAAAGUGGACCCGUCCUACCUGCAGCACUGGCAGCAGCUCUUCCCUCAGGCGCAGCUGAAGCCUCCUCUCUCCCAGCAGCCUCCACAUCCUCAGCCUGACCGCCUCUCCAUCCCCGUGGACAGCCUGCGCCAGUCCCGCCUGCACAGCCACCUCCUGGCCUCCUCACACUGCACCUCCUCCUCCACGUCUUCUUCUUCAGCAGCUCUCGCCCCGUCCUCCUCCAUCUCCAUCUCCACCUCCGCAGGGAUCUCCCAGCUCCCCGUCCCCCAGCAGAUCGCUCUCUUCGGGCAGGCGUUGGCCCCCGUGUGCGCCGGUCCUGGAGGACCAGCAGGAGGAGGACCGGGAGGAGAUCUGAUCGUGGUGGUCCCUCAGGAGAACCAGCAGCAGAGUCACAACAACCCAGCAGCCGCAGCGGGGCUCCUCCAUCACGCCAAAGAGCAGAGCUGUGGGGGGGUCAGCGUGGUGUCGUCCAGCGUGAAGAGCAGCGGGGGAGGAGGAGGAGAGGAGGGAGGCAAAGGAGCCAGGUUCAAGCUUACGUCGGAGGAGCUGGACUACUACCUGUACGGACAGCAGAGGAUGGAGAUCAUCCCGCUGAGCAACCACACGGGAGAGACCAACAACCGAUGUGACAUGUGUGCCGACAACAGAAACGGCGAGUGUCCGAUGCACGGCCCUCUUCACUCUCUACGGCGACUCGUCGGCACCAGCAGCACGGCGGCCCCCGUCACCCUCCCCGACGUCCCCGAUUGGCUGAGAGACCUGCCCAGAGAGGUGUGUCUGUGCACCAGCACCGUUCCUGGUCUGGGUUACGGGAUCUGUGCGGCUCAGAGGAUCCCUCAAGGGACCUGGAUCGGCCCGUUUCAGGGAGUCCAUCUGCUGCUCGACAAACUGCAGGCCGGAGCCAUGAGGAACUCACGACACCUGUGGGAGAUCUACGACGCCGAGGGGACGUUACAGCACUUUAUUGAUGGUAAUGAUCCCAGUAAGUCCAGCUGGAUGAGGUACAUCCGCUGUGCCAGACACUGUGGGGAGCAGAACAUGAUGGUUGUACAAUACAGGUCUUGCAUUUUCUACAGAGCCUGUAUGGACAUCCCCAGAGGAACAGAGCUGCUGGUUUGGUACAAUGACUCCUACACUUCCUUCUUCGGCAUCCCACUGCAGUGCAUCGCUCAGGACGAAAACUUAAACGUCCCAGGCACAGUGGUGGAAGCCAUGAGCAGACAGGAGUCUCUCCAGUCCUUCAACAAGAACGGCAAACCCUCCUCAUCGUCCUCCUCUUCUACCCCCUCCAUCGUCCCCAUCAGGAGCUCCAUGGUCUUCCCUCACUCCCCCUGCCCUAGGAGUUUCUCUCUUAUGGACAAGGUCGGGGUUAGUGUUCAGUCGGAUACCAGUUUCGGCCAGCUAGGGUCAAAGAACCAACGAGUCCUGGCGAGCCCGACCUCCACCAGCCAGCUGAGCAGUGAUUUCAGCGACUGGCACCUGUGGAAGUGUGGCCAGUGCUUCAAAACCUUCACCCAGAGGAUCCUGCUGCAGAUGCACGUCUGUCCGCAGAAUCCAGACAGACCGUACCAGUGUGGCCACUGCUCCCAGUCCUUCUCCCAGCCGUCAGACCUGAGGAACCACGUGGUGACGCACUCCAGCGACCGACCCUUCAAAUGUGGGUACUGCGGCCGCGCGUUCGCCGGCGCCACGACGCUCAACAACCACAUCCGCACGCACACCGGGGAGAAGCCGUUCAAAUGUGAGCGCUGUGACCGCAGCUUCACGCAGGCCACUCAGCUCAGCCGACAUCAACGACUUCCCAACGAGUGUAAACCGGUGAACGAGAGCAGCGAGUCCAUCGAGGUGGAUUAACCCCGACUGCUGACGGACUCAGACCGCGCCCACACUGAGGCGGCUUCAUUUGAAAACACGUCUUUUUAAAAAUCUCACCGAGCCGACAUUGUUCUCACCACAGAGUUCAGAUAUUUUACACACAGACUUUAUGACAGCAGCGCCAUCAGAGGUGACUGAAGAAGCAAAUCCAACCAUUAAAAGCUCCAUAAAGCGUCUCUGAUUAGCCUCAUGUUUGACUUAACUCAAAAUAAAAGCCUGACAAUUUUUAUUUUUAAAUGUGAAAUUAGGGAAUUUCACUAUUCAAAUUUAGCGAUUAAUCGCGUUUAGGAAUUUGUAUCAUUUGACAGCCAGAGCAUCAUCAUCUGUCUCGCAAUGAAAACCAAAACAGCAAACUUCAAUAUGAAUUUGGACAUUCAAAAAUGAAAUAUGAAGGCGAAGGUGACGCUCAGAAAUUCCAAGAUUAAAGUCAAAGAUUUCGAUUAUAUAUUUUGCUUUGAAAUGCAAAAUGAUCAAAUUUGAAACAUGAAAAAUUACAAAUCGAUUAAUCGCGAUUCACUUUUGAAAUUCAGCGAUAAAUCGUAGUUAGUAAGGCAGCAUUCGUUUUCAGUUUUUACAGCCUGUUUUGCUGCUACAGGCUGAAGUUAUCUCUUGGAGUAAUUCCUCGAUUUAAGACCCUUAAACAUGUCAAAGUUGACCCGGUUUGUAAAGCCUGUCCAGGUACAUCACAACGGGUAACUUCAUGAUGAGGAGAGUAACACUGAAUCCUCUCCGCAGCAUUUAGGAACCAAAAUCAAAUCUGUGUUUCAUUCUGAAGUCAGAGAAACGGCUUCACAGUUUAUCUUUUCCGAGCUCUUUGGUAACACAAGCUGAAAGUGUGAGGCGUUCUUCUUCACCGUUUUCAGAUUCAGCCACCUCAGUGUGAACAAAGUCUGACCAGCGACCGGUUUAAACUCCGCCCACUUCCUGAGAGGAGAGACUGUAAAGCCACACUCGUCCUGCCGGAGAGAAUCCUGAUUCAACCAAACCAAAGAUCCUUUCUGUUUUUCCCCCCCGGCAGAGAAGAAGAACUCGGACUCACCCAGGAGAGAAUAUUUAUUGGAGACGUUUGGGUUUCCCUCCAAAGAAAACUUGUCCUUGAAACCGGGACAAAAACAAUGAAAUACCAAAAAAAAAACAGACUGAUGUUCUGUCUGUAGCUUUACUUCCUGGUUUCUUUUUAUGUCUUUCUUUUUGCAGCAGCGAUGCCAAAGGAGGCCGCGACCAAAGCAAACAGACUGAGAAUGCACAACGAGCAUCAACACGGGCGUUUGAGGAGGAUGCUCAAGUUUACUAUAAAAAAAAAAAAAAAACAGAACAAACUAAAGAAGGAUGUAUUGUAAAGAAAAAAGACAGAAACGUGAAAGGACAGAAGAAACAAAUUAUAUUUAUCUUGAUCCUCAUAAAAUGCUUCGGGCACUUUUGUUUUAAAAUGUGGAUAAUUUAAUUUCUGCAGCUCUGAUAUCGGCUGAUGUAAAGAUGGCGGAGGGAGACAAGAAGAGAUAAUGGACGUGAUUUCUUAUAGAAAUAAUCGUUCACGAGGAGAUGUGUUGAACGACACAGAAAGUGCUUCAAGUUAGUCCAAAUCUUCUUUUUUGCUCGUUGUAGCAUUUCACUUUUUCUUUUUAUUUCCGUUCAAAGAUGGCGUCGGAUCAUCCGAGGUACAGAUCUAAACCAGGGCAAACGUUCCCCCCUCAUGACCGAUGUUCCCUCAGAGAGUCGAUCUCACAACAAAGUGUAAAUAGUUCCUGUGUCGUUCUGAAACACUUUGAGGGUCAAAGCACAGAUAUUACAUGAACACCAAAAAGGUUUGUGUGCCUGAGAGUUUAAAAAGCUUUAAUAAUAAUAAUAUUCAUAAAUAAAUGAACAGUCAGACUUUAACUGCUCUUCCCAAAGACUCACAGUGUUGAACCUGCUGGACGUAAAUCUACAGUCCGAACCAAAACUCAAAGAGAUGCCUCACGUUUACUUUCAUCACACGGACAUCUGGAAGAGUUCAUGAAGAACGAGUUUAAAUCAACAGCAAAUUUAUAUCCUCGUCGUGCUUUUUUAUAUAUAUUUCAAAGGAAGAAUGUGCGAUAUGUUCCAGAUAAAUAUAUCAGAGAUCCAGUCCAUCCUGUGUAAACGUGUCUCUGAGUCAUGACUGUCUACAAUGAGAGAGAAGCUCGAGUCCCGCUGGCUGUGUUGUUGUCAGAGCCGUGUUUACAUGGACGGGACGGCCGGCUCCUCCCCUUGUGUAUAAAAUCUGUUUUAGGCAAGGACUAGAGAGAAGAAGAAGAACAUACUCACUGAUUAUUUGGAUGUUAGUCAGAGUUUUUAGAUCACACUCAUUCUGUGUUAGUUUACAUGCAAUGUGAAGCUACGAGCUAACUAAAGAGCGCUAACAUUAGCAUGCUAACACAAAUCCUUUAAAGGUCACAUAUUAUACUAAAUACACUUACUCUAAUAUGUGUCUCUAGUCUGACUACAAACCCCACAAUUAUGAGAAAAGUCCAUCCUCUCCGUCUUUCCCCUGCUCCACUUUUCAGAAAAUGUGUGCUCAAACAGGCCGUUUGGAGAUUUUCUCUUCAUGACAUCACAAAGGGCAGUAACCCCUCCCCCAGGUGGGUGACACUCCCACAGCUAGGUGUUUGUUCUGUCCUCUGAGUCUGCCCUCUCACCGUAAACAAUAGGACAUGGAGCGAGAAAGCCCGAGACACCCAAACCCUUCCAGAGAGGGGGUGUGGUCAGACAUAGCUCAUUUACAUAUUUAAAGGUACAGACACAGAAACAGCCUGUUCUGAGCAGGGCUGAAAUAGAGGGGUUUAUAGGCAUGAUCAAAUACAGGAUCAGAGUGGAUUUAGAACAAGACACUUCACAGACAUGUUUUGAGGAGCUCUGAGACUUAUUUACACUGUUUGAAGAGGAGGAGGAUAUGUGACCUUUAAGGAUGUUCCCAGCAGACUCAUUUCCUACUUUGGUAAACGGAAAUUCAAAUGCUUUGUGACCAACUAUUACUAGACUAGACUAUACUACUAGAAAACAGCCACUAUGAGCACCAUUUGUUCCAAAUUAUCAGCAGGUAAACCAUGUCAUUUGUUUUGCUCAGCAUGGCUAUAAUUAGCAGCGCUAGCACCGCCAGCUUUCGGUCCUCCCUUCAGGUUAACAUCAUCCUACCCGCACCAAAUGUGAUUAUUGAUCUGGUCGAUGUGCCAGUUUAACGUGACACAGCCUACAAACAUUUCUAUCUCCGUUUUCUAGAUCAAAAUACUUCCAAACUGCUACGAGGUGCUCUCUGUUCACUGGGCUUGUUUACAUCCAGGUAAUAGAGCGAGGAGAGCAGGACCAUCAACCGAAGCUGCAGCCAGGCUAAGUGGUGUUUAUGAUGCUAAAUACAACUUUUCCAUUUCUUCCAAAGAUCUUUGAAUGUAGAAAUUAUUCUUAAGCAGAUGUUUUUUUUUACAUGUUGGCAGAAAGAGGGUUUAUUUCCAAAACGUAUUUUUAAGGAUUUUCCAAGUAGAUUCAAUUAUUUUUUAGUUCUGUAGCAUGACAAGUUUCUGAUUGUUGGUGUCACUCUUCGAACUCUUCCAGACAUGUCUGUGUUACUAACAGUAAAUCUGUUUUAUGCCAAAGUCAGACAUCUCUUUCUUUAUUGAUCCAAUGCUGUAAAUAAUAAAGAGACAAACUACAGAGAGGGUUUUUUAUACGACAGCUCAGACGGACUGAGCUGAAAUGAUGCGACUCGGAGAAGGACAAAGACACAAAUGUGAAAAUGAUCCAGAGCUCAGAGAAAAAUUCACUUCCUGUUCACAUGGAGUUUACCUCUAGCAGAAAAACCUUCAGCUGCCAUUCAUUAAAACAAUAAAAAUAUCAUGAAUGACAUGAUGAGAUAUUUUUGCAACUACAACUAAUAAUGGACCAUGUUAACCAAAAACAUGGGAACUUUAAACGUUUUUUAAAGGAGCAAUCAGUGAGAUGUGUAGUGAAUGAAAUGAUAAACUGACCUUACUCUAUGAUCAGACAUUAAGGAAACAUGCUAUGUUGAAGUGCUGGCUUCUCUGACAACCCCCACACGGCCGUUUUGGACGCCCCUCGGUUUGCCAGAUAUGAGACCAGUUAUCAGGUCAAACCAACAGGUGUUGCAGGGAUGGAAGCGGGCAAGAGAAGUGGUUCAGAUAGAAGUGAUUGUACCCAAACUAAAAAGCCUCUGCAUGUUUCUAAUAAGCUCCACGAGCAGAAACGUGCUCAAACUAGGAUCAAUAUUGGAGAUGCUUUUGAAAAAUGGAGAGAGGUUAGAACACAGAAAGGUUUACAGACCGAUGCAGAGCUGGAUAAACACUGAAGCUUCAGUGUCCACCACAUGGUGACCUGCGUGAUCAUCGACUCUAGAGAGGAGGGAGCGGGGGGAGACAGCUCUCUGCAAUGUUUAUAAUUUAGACUGCAGUACCCAUUUUAAACACUAAGGGUCAGAGUUACAUACUGCUCCUUUAAUACAUCAUGAUCGCUGAUCAGCUGAACAGAAACUGAAUUUUUCUUCGACUCUCUGGUGAUGAUAAUCAUUUCCUCUGUAAUGUGACGUAAAGAAAAAUGCGCUCAUGCCAAACAGAAAGACUCGUAUGAUUCAUUUUGACUCAAUCUUGUUUGCAUGAUUUCUCUGACUCCCACCGCCCCUCCCCCCCCCCCUUUUCUAAUGAAUGAUUAAAUGAGAUCAAAAACCAAAAAGAUGUUGUUCCAAAGGAAAUAAAGCUGAAAACUGUUUUGAUUCUUA